AUGCCGGAGAAGAGUGACGUCACAUGGAGCUCGAUGAUGGCUGGAUUCGUGCAGAACGAUCUAUAUGAGGAGGCGUUGAGAUUGUUUCUCACAGCGCAGAGAAAUGGAGUCGAGAUGAAUGUUUUCAUGAUCUCCUCUGUUCUCUGUGCCUCGGCUGCCUUGGCGGCAUUGAUACAACGGAAGCAAGUGCACGCAAUUGUGUGUAAAGUUGGUUUUGGUGCUAACGAGUACGUUGUUUCUUCUCUUGUCGAUGUUUAUGUGAGAUGUGGAAGCAUUAAACAGUCUCACUCUGUUUUCUCUGAAGCAGAGAAGAGAAGUGUGAUCCUUUGGAACACGAUGAUCUCGGGCUUUGCAAGAUAUAAUCUAGGAUUAAGCUGUGAGAUUAUUUAG